CCAGAAGUCUAUGAAGCUCUUAAAGACGUUCGUUCAGAUGCUUCUGAUACCAACUGGUGCUUAAUUGGUUAUGCCAAUGAAACUACUCUCUCUGUUUUAGGUAAAGGUAAUGGAGGUGCCGAUGAGCUCGCCCAACACUUAAAAUCAAAUAUCGUUGCCUAUGGUCUUGUUCGUGAAGUUGAAAGAUUCGAUCUCUCUGAUACCGUUAAAUUUGCCUUUAUCAAUUUCGUUGGUGAAGAAAUCCCAAGAAUGUUCCGUGCUAAAUUAGGUACCCACUCUGGUAAAGUUAAAGAAGUUUUUACUCCAUACCAUGUUGAUUUAAGUGUUUCAGAACCAUCAGAAGUUUCAAAUGAAAGUGUAGCCAAAGUUAUUAAA